AGCUCGCAGAAGGCGCUGCUGCUGGAACUGAAGGGGCUGCAGGAGGAACCGGUGGAGGGCUUCCGGGUGACGCUGGUGGACGAGGGCGACCUGUACAACUGGGAGGUGGCCAUCUUCGGGCCCCCCAACACCUACUACGAGGGAGGCUACUUCAAGGCUCGCCUCAAGUUCCCCAUCGACUACCCAUAUUCCCCACCAGCCUUCCGGUUCCUCACCAAGAUGUGGCACCCAAACAUCUAUGAGACAGGGGACGUGUGCAUCUCCAUCCUCCAUCCCCCAGUUGACGACCCACAGAGUGGGGAGCUGCCCUCAGAGCGGUGGAACCCCACGCAGAAUGUCAGGGUCUGUAGGGAGCUGAGCUUGCACUCACGGCCCCACAGGACCAUCCUCCUGAGUGUGAUCUCCCUGCUGAAUGAGCCCAACACCUUCUCGCCCGCCAAUGUGGACGCCUCAGUGAUGUACAGAAAGUGGAAGGAGAGCAAGGGGAAGGACCGCGAGUACACAGACAUCAUCCGGAAGCAGGUCCUGGGGACCAAGGUGGACGCAGAGCGUGAUGGCGUGAAGGUGCCCACCACGCUGGCUGAGUACUGUGUGAAGACCAAGGCGCCGGCGCCCGACGAGGGCUCAGACCUCUUCUACGAUGACUACUAUGAGGACGGCGAAGUGGAGGAGGCCGACAGCUGCUUUGGGGACGAAGAGGACGACUCUGGCACCGAGGAGUCCUGACCCGCGUCCCUGAAAUAAACUUACAAAUUUUACCUCAGCAGGACCCGUGUGGGACUCAGGCGAUAGAAUCCCUCACUGAGGUUCCAUGUGGGCUCCCGUCCCGUGACCCUUAGGUCCUCUUACCCCGUGGUGCCUGACAGACACCCCACUCAGCUCACAGAUGGUGACAAGCCUGGGAGGCUGGGGACCGCCUGGUGGGGAGGCAGAGACUCCAUCCCAGACCUAGCAGGGCCAGCCCCACAGUCACCUCCUCUCUGCUUUGGUGUGUGUGAAAUCCAAAUAAAAUGGCUUUCUGAGAA